AGCGCAGAAAUAAUAUAAAAACAGUUACCAAGUGAAGUGUAAUACAAGUGUACCAAAUUUUUAAGACUUUCCUUAAAUCGAACUUUUCACAAUGUUGUCCAUGCACGAUUUAAUGGAUAUGCGCAUGCAGCAGCAAUUGGCCCAUGAGCUGUACCGUCAACAGAUCAUGCAACGCAUACCAGAUCCCUUUCCGGCCAUGCUGCCCCUGCAUAUGGCUCAGCCGCAGCCGCAAAUGAUGAUGCCCAGCCGGCCGAUGUUGCCGGGCGUGGAGGCCAAACUGGAGAACAACGAAUUGUGGCAGCAGUUCCAUCAGAUUGGAACCGAAAUGAUCAUCACCAAAAGCGGCAGACGCAUGUUUCCCUCGAUGCGCGUUUCGCUGAGCGGCCUGGAGGAGGAGGCCAGCUACUGCGUCCUCCUGGAAAUGGUGCCAAUCGGCGACUGCCGCUACAAGUUCUCCGGCUCGCAGUGGGUGCCAGCUGGCGGGGCCGAGCCGCAGAGUCCGCAGCGCAUGUACCUCCAUCCGGAUAGCCCGGCAACGGGCGCACACUGGCAAUCGCAGGCGCUGCUCUUCAACAAGGUCAAGCUGACGAACAACACACUCGACAGCAACGGACAUAUUGUGCUGGCCAGCAUGCACAAGUACCAGCCACGUCUCCAUAUCAUUCGCAGCAGCGAGCUCACCCAACUGCCCUGGGCGCCGCAGCAGGCGUUUGUCUUUCCGGAAACGGAGUUUGUCGCCGUAACUGCCUAUCAGAACGAUCGUAUUACAAAGCUGAAGAUUGACAACAAUCCAUUUGCCAAGGGCUUCCGCGAGACCGGACAGUCGCGCUGCAAGCGCAAGCUGAACAGCAGCUCCAACUCGAAUGCCGACUCCGAAGAUGAUGGCUCCAGCGUGAGCAGCUGCGAUUCGCCACAAGCCAAGCGCCAGCGCACCGACUUUGAGCAGGACUCGCAGCGCAGUCUGUCGCCGGCAUACUAUGCGGCCGCCGCGAGCACAGCCCAUCCGUACCGUCAUGCACUUGGCUACGCGCCCGGCGCAGCUUUGUUGCAGGCGGCUUACUUUGCUGCAGUGCCUCCGAUGGCUUCCCUGCCUGCUAGCUUAGCAGCGGCUGCUCCGGCGGAGCCAGCAGUGUCCACUUCAUCCACAUCGACUGCGUCAUCGUCUGCUCCCAGCACGCCAGCUAGCUCACCGCCCACGACGACUUCUACGAAACGCAACAGUUUCAGCAUCUCGGCCAUUUUGGCCUAUUAAGCGCAGCUUUUCUGGUUGUCGUCCACUUCGAAGCUUUUGUUGUGAUCACGGUGUGCAGUAUAUAGUCUAUAAGUUGUAAUUUGUUAAU